GAGUGAGAGUUGGUUUUGCCGCGCCUGAAAAUGGCGACCAUAUCCUCCUCCUCCUCCUCCUGCUUCUGCCCUUACGCUAUGGCUCGCCCCACCAGAGUUCGAGCCCCUCGCACCCCUUCUUCAAAGAAGCCGAUACCGCCCAACCCGAACCCUAAUCACAAGCAGCUCAGGCACCGGAACGGCGCCAAGGAGCUGGCCUCCGUCGGAGUUGAGGCCACCACCUACACUCGCCUGCCGCCCAAAGACGACUUCUCUCUCCCUUCCUUGCUGGAGUUCUCCUCCGAAGUGAAGCUCUCCGAGUCCAGCGUUGCGGUGGAGAAGGAGAAGAAGGAGAAGGAGGUUGCUGAUUUGAGCGAGGAGGAGGAGGAGGAUGAUGGCGGUGAUGGUAAAUUUGCGGUCUUUGAGGGGAGUUACGAUUCUGAAUUGGAGGAUGAAGAAAUUGAAGGGGUUGAGUAUGAGUAUGAGGAAAUUGAGAGGGAAAGCGAUGGCAAAGUGGUGAAUUUGGAUGGUGGUGAGGGUGAAUCGGAGGAGGAGGAGGAGGAAGUGAAGGAGAAGGGAGUACCGGCGGUGAUGAGGUGUUUUGACCGGGCGAAGAUCUACGUGAAGUCAGGGGACGGCGGAAACGGCGUCGUGGCGAUGCGGCGGGAGAAGUUCGUGCCUUUGGGGGGGCCUUCCGGAGGGGACGGAGGGCGAGGUGGAAAUGUGUAUAUAGAGGUGGAUGGGUCGAUGAAUUCGCUGCUGCCGUUUCGAAACAGCGUGCAUUUUCGGGCUGGGAGAGGGGACCAUGGGAGGGGGCAGUCGCAGAAUGGGGCUAAGGGGGAGGAUGUGGUGGUCAAGGUGGCGCCGGGGACGGUGAUUAGGGAGGCAGGCAAGGAGGAGGUGCUGUUGGAGCUGUUGCAUCCGGGCCAGCGUGGUUUGUUGCUGCCUGGAGGGAGAGGUGGGAGAGGGAAUGCUUCCUUUAAGUCCGGGGCUAAUAAGGUGCCCAGGAUUGCUGAGAAUGGUGCCGAGGGUCCGGAAAUGUGGUUGGACCUGGAGCUAAAGCUAGUUGCAGAUGUUGGAAUUGUGGGAGCCCCAAAUGCAGGGAAAAGCACACUGUUGAGUGUUAUAAGUGCUGCUCAGCCAACAAUAGCAAAUUACCCCUUCACUACUUUACUUCCCAAUCUGGGUGUUGUUUCUUUUGACUAUGACUCGACGAUGGUUGUAGCAGAUCUACCGGGUUUACUUGAAGGUGCACACCGGGGUUUCGGAUUGGGCCAUGAGUUUCUGCGCCACACUGAGAGGUGUUCUGUCUUGGUACAUGUUGUUGAUGGCUCAGGCCAGCAGCCAGAAUUUGAGUAUGAUGCAGUUCGUCUGGAAUUGGAAUUGUUUAGUCCUGAAAUUGCUGAAAAGCCUUAUAUAGUCGCUUUUAACAAAAUGGACCUUCCAGAUGCAAAAGAACAGUGGCCAUCAUUCAAGAAAAACUUACAAGCUCGCGGGAUUCAAGUUUUUUGCAUGAGUGCAGUUAAAGGAGAGGGUACUCAUGAGGUUAUCAGCACUGCUUAUCAGCUUCUACGAAGGAGCAAAGUGACCGAGGAGGAAUUCAGAGAAGAUCCUGUGGAUUUAAAUCUUGUAGCCGAUAUGGUGCAUAAGCAGCAAACCGCCUCUAUUAAUGAGUUUGAGAUCUCUUACGACAGCGGUACCAAUACCUGGCAUGUUGUGGGAUCUGGAUUACAACGGUUUGUUCAGAUGACAAAUUGGCGAUAUAUGGAUUCUGAGAGAAGAUUCCAACAUGUUUUGGAUGCUUGUGGUGUAAACAAGAAUCUUAAGAAACGUGGUGUCAAAGAAGGUGACACCGUGCUUAUUGGAGAUAUGGAAAUGGUGUGGCAUGAUUCUGUUUCUGGUCCAUCAAAUUUAAAGAAAGGAUCUGCAGAAACAACCAAGUGGGCUCAGUUUAAGUGAUCUUCACAAGUUAUUCAAUGAAGCUAACUCGUCUUGAGAAGAAGAGUUCAUAACGGAGCUACCAGUUCAUUAACAAAAGGCAAAGAAUGUGGCCGUUUAUAUAAACAACCCGUUGAGGCAGACAGAGAAGCAGUUGUGUAAAGAAGAUCAUCUACGAGUAACUUGCUAUCGAAUUUUUCAUGGUAUAUGAUGAUGUGUGUGAAGCUCAUCAAUUCCUACAUAUUGCAAUAAGCUGAGCGGAUGGAUGUCCAAGCAGGGCAAGCGUCCCUCUACCGUGCCAUUCAUCUUUCUUGUACUCCAAAUUGUAACAACAGCAGCUCUUGUAAGAUAAUUAUGUAACGUUCAUGUUUAGAAUGGAAAUAAAGGUUGUAGUUUCUCUGUUACUAGG